AUGAAAUCGUUAGAUGCUACUCUUCGUCAUGUGGGGUUGAAUCAUGAUUUAACGAUUGAACAGCGAAAGGAAAUCAAAACCCUGACAAAUGAGGCAAAGUUGAAGGAAAACUCGGACAAAGAAGAAAAAAAUGGUGAUGAAAAUAUAAAUGAUUCAGAAAGAAAGACGAGCGGCAGAAAAAUCAAGGACUUCGAUCAAAAAGACGAAAAACUCAGAAUAGGUUUGUUGAAUAUAAGGUCAAUUAUAAAAAAUAAAAAAGAUGAUGUGAAUGAAAUAAUUAGAGAUAAAAUUGAUGUUCUUAUUUUAACUGAAACCUGGCAUAGAUCUCACGAUGAAAUAUCUGUUUUAUCUGCUAAACCUGCAGAGUACAGUUAUGUUGAUUACCUUAGACCAUAUGAUGCUAAUCAUGGAGGAUUAAUAAUUUACUUUGAGUCUAUUUUUAAAUUUAGAAGACUGGAACUACAACAACUAAAUACUUUUGAAGCCAUCGCAAUAAAAAUUAUAUGCAAUCGGAACGACUACUUAUUCCUGGCCAUCUACGGACCUGGGUCUUUGCCUGUCACUCCUAUGUUUUUUAAGGAACUGUCAUCUGUUUUGGAGAGUAUGACAAUAUUAACUUCCAAUUUAGUUGUUGCAUGUGAUUUUAAUGUCCGUGUUGAUAGACGUGACAGCCCGCACACGUUAACUCUGUUUGAAAUUUUCGAUUUAUUUCAUAUUAGAAAUGUUAUUAAUGAACCGACUCACGAACUAGGUGGCAUAUUGGACCUGAUUGCCAUUCCUUGUGAUAUUCUUGUCUCUGAAACUCAAGUUUUUCCAAGUGGAAUUUAUUCCGAUCAUGGCCUAGUUCAAUGCUACAAAAGAGAAGUUCAUAUUUUAGUGUGGACGUUGGAUGGGACUAAGAACAACGGACUCGUUACGGACUGUAGCUCACCGUCGUCAAAUGGUCCAUGA